AUGCAUUCAUAAUGCUGUACAGCUCACCCAUUUUUGGAAAAAUCGAUAUGUUAUUAUUACCUGCGAUUCUUGGGGGUGACAGCGUUUUAUUAUUUGGCAAUUUGAUAAUGAUUGUCACGUUCAUUUUAACCGUUCCACGAAUGCAUAUGCUUCAGACUAUAUUAAAGAUCUCUUCAAGAUUGCCCUCGGAAUCAUACGAGAAGCUAUCUAGACUGAUCCACGCUAAGGAUAUCAUCGGAAUUCUUUAUGUAGUUGGAUUCGUGUUCAUAUGCGCUUUGACACUGCAAAUAAAUCUUUGGUUUGAAAUGUACAUUAAUCUAGUGACAUUUCAACUGGAUAUGCUGUAUAUGAAUUGCGUUUGUGUAGUAAAAGCGUGUUUUAAAGAAAUCGAUGACAAUCUGACGAAUAUGAGACAAUUUAUUGCAAACAAUAAGUCACAUGUCCCUAAUAAUGCCACAUGUGUGGAACUAAACUAUCACUAUCAGAGGAAUCAAUUUCUGAUCAUGGACCUCAAGGCUCUAAGGAAGCAACAUCUGGCGAUCAGCGAUACAGUACAGAUGCUAAACAUGAUCUUCAGUUUACAACUUCUUGCUACAGUAAUCAUGACCUUCUCUAAUAUCACUUUCAAUCUCUACUACAUACUGAGUUGGGAGCAUUUAUCAAGAAAUAUGCUGACAAAUGGAUUAUAUGACGCGCAUCAUCUCUUAUACACGAUGUAUCUCUUUAUGAAAAUAGUAUUGAUAGUGUGGGCAUGCGAGACGGGCAAAAAUCAGGCUCAACAGAUCAGCACUUCCAUUCAUAAUAUGUUUAACAGCACCACCGAUAAGCAAAUAAAAAAUGAAGUAAUAUAAUGAAAUAUCGAAAUAAUAUUUGUCUUUUAAAUUCAGUGCUUUUGUGUGCUUGUUAAAUUUAAUCUAUUAUAUUUAUGUUAUCUAUUAUAUUACGUUUUUCAAAUUUUACGUUUGACGAUUUUGUGAUUGUAGAUGAAACUAUUUUCCCUGCAAAUACUUCAUUGCAAUAAUACAUUUUCUGCAAAAGGUCUUACUGUGGACGCAAAGCUUCUCGCUGCGGUGAGUAAUAUGUUAUAUAUAUUUCAGUUAUUAGUUGACAGGAUUGCAUUAUUUUCUCUCUUAAUUUUAUUUUUAGAUAGUGAGUAGCAUUAAUACGUACUUAAUAAUAUUAUUUCAAUUCAAGCAUAUGUCAUUUUCUUGCGAGGAAAAGACGGUAAAUAAUAAUACAAAAGUAAUCUAAUUAAAAGAAGACACAGUAAUUAUAAACAAGCAAAUGCGUUUUAAAUAUUAAAAAAAUGGCUUUGAAUUUUACAUAUUGUUGUUGUGAACGUAUAAUCGCAUAUCUUUUUAUAUUUGUGAUGCAUACAUAUAUAGAUGCAUGUACAUAUA